CCCUGCCGCCGCCGCGCGCCGCCGGGAGCCGCCGCCGUCCCCCCACUCCUGACCUCCGACCCCCGGCGGGGCGGCCCUGGCCUCUGGCCGCUCGGCUUCUUGUCCUCCCUGAGCCGUGUUCGGCGCUGCCCGCCGCGGGAGUCGCGGUCUCCCCGAGGCCUAGCGGCUCGCAAGGGGGCCUCGGGGUUCUUGGGGUGGAGGGGAGACCUCCUGGGGGCCCGCCGGCCCUUCACCCUGCCCCCAUCAGCCGCCUAGGCUCCGGUGCGGCCGGAGCCGGUCAUUGUUGGGCUUCCUCCUUUCACCCAUGCUGGAAGUCCUGAGGAAGCCGCGGUCCCGCCAUCCCACGGUGGGGUCCCGGGCGAGCAGCGCUGGGAAGCGCUGCCACAGGCCGAGUCUGGCCUGCCCGGGAGUGUCUGAAGCCCUGAGCAGUUCAGUAUACGGCAGAGGUGCAGUGACCCCUCAGGGUGCAUGGCCUGGACCCCCUGUGCCACCAGCUCUUCUCAUUUGUCCCACUGUGUGCCAGCCGCGGGCUGCUGUCCGUGCUGUCACCUGCCCUGAGGUCUUCCUGGCACAAGUGCUUUCCCAGAGGAUGCAUUCCCCGCGGAGGGGCUCCUGGCCCACAGCAGUAGCAGAGCCACCUUGGUGCCUCCCUGCGCAGCAGCAGGUGCAGCCCGUGCGGGAGCAGCGCAGCUCUCUGACCACUGCUCUGGUCUCCUGUGGCACUGCCACCACGAGUACCAGGUGCUGCGCACCCCCUGUGUGGUGGAGAAGGGCAGUCCCUGGCAUGUGCCUGGUAGCGAGGGAUUAGAGGAUCCCAAGAACAGCUAGAGGUGCUGCCAGCUCCGGGAAGAAGCACUCUGGAAAUGCUGUUGCCAGAACCCAUCAUGAGGCUUUGUGGGGCUCAGGAGCUGUGGACCCAGGGAAGUUAGGAGUGGGAUGGCAAAGGGGGGCACUGCCUCUUUUGAGCUUGUGUCAUCAGAUAAGAUUUUCCCAGCAGAUGAGGAGAAACACGUGUGUGUGUUGGCAGGCUCUUGCCACCUCUCCGGUGGUGAAUUUGAAAUGCUUGGUCCCCUCUUUGGAGCUGGAGCUUUGCAGCCCUUGCUACCCUGGCCCUUGCUGCAGCAGAACUGGGCAAUGAUGCUUACACCCUGCUGCCUGUUCCUCUGCCCGCACAGGCAACGGUGCAGCCGCGGCACGGACCUGCCUCCUCUUUGCCCUCUGCAGCACCGCAGCACUGCCAGCGCCGGGCUUCAUGUGAGAGAUGGCAAACGCGGAGGUGAGCGUCCCUGUGGGCGAUGUGGUGGUUGUACCAAGUGACGGCAAUGAAGGGGAGAGCCCGGAGGAUACCAAAACCCAAGUGAUCUUGCAGCUCCAACCGGUGCAGCAGGGGAUCUACCAGGAGGGCUCUGAGGCUGGGACCGCUGUGGUGGCCGUUGAGACCCACGCCCUGCACAAGCUGGAGGAAGGGCUGGACGCCAGCACCAUUGAAACGAACGAGGAGAUUGAGAUUGCCUAUCCUAUCACCUGUGGGGAGAGCAAAGCCAUCCUGCUCUGGAAGAAGUUUGUCUGUCCAGGAAUUAAUGUCAAGUGUGUAAAGUUCAAUGACCAACUGAUCAGCCCCAAGCAUUUUGUUCACCUGGCUGGGAAGUCUACCCUGAAGGACUGGAAGAGAGCUAUUCGCCUGGGAGGAAUCAUGCUGAGGAAGAUGAUGGACUCGGGGCAGAUCGACUUCUACCAGCAUGACAAGGUUUGCACCAACACCUGCAGGAGCACCAAGUUUGACCUCCUCAUCAGCAGCGCCAGGGCACCGGUGCCAGGCCAGCAGAGCGUGGUGCAGACUCCUACAUGUGCUGAUGGGAGCAUCACCCAGAUCGCACUGUCGGAGGAGAGCAUGGAGGAGGGCAUUGAGUGGAACUCAGCUCUGACAGCUGCUGUCACCAUGGCCGCUGACGAGGGCAUGAAAAAGGACACGGAGGAGAUCUCGGAGGACACACUGAUGUUCUGGAAAGGAAUAGCUGAUGUGGGGCUGAUGGAAGAGGUGGUGUGCAACAUCCAGAAGGAGAUUGAAGAGGUCCUAAGGGGUGUCCAACAGAGGCUGGGUCAGUCUCCCUUCCAGAUGACAGAUGCUGCAGUCUUGAACAACGUUGCCCACACUUUUGGCCUGAUGGAUACAGUCAAGAAGGUUCUGGCCAACAGGAAAAACCAGACAGAGCAAGGAGAGGAGCAGUUUCUCUACACAUUGGCAGACCUGGAGCGGCAGCUGGAAAUGCAGAAGAAAUUGGCCAAGGACCAGAAGGUGAAGUCCCAAACCAUCCAGAAUGUGGUGCUGAUGCCUGUCAGCACUCCCAAGCCCCCCAAGAGACCCCGCCUGCAGCGCCCAGCCUCUGCCACUGUCCUCAGCCCCUCCACCCCCAUCCAACAGCCGCAGUUCACUGUUAUCUCCCCCAUCACUAUUUCCCCUGUUGGGCAGCAGUUCUCCGUGGGCAACAUCCCUGUGGCAACCAUUAGCCAGAGCUCUAGCCCUGUGACUGUUCACACCUUGCCCUCUGGCUCCCAGCUCUUCCGGUACGCCACUGUGGUGUCCUCCUCCAAGACCAGCUCCUCCGACACCGUCACCCUGCACCCAUCCUCCAGCCUGGCGCUGCUGAGCUCAGCAGCUGUGCAGGACAGCAGUGCCCUGGCAAACAUGGCGACUGUGGUCAACCCCGUGGAACUGGUGGCCAUGGAAUCUGGCCUCACUUCCACCAUCCAGGCUGUGGAGGGCACCUCGGAUGAUGGGCAGACCAUCAUCGAGAUCGACCCGGCGCCAGAUCCCGAAGCAGACACGGAUGAGGCAGAGGGCAAAGCUGUGAUCCUGGAGACGGAGCUGAGGACUGAGGAAAAAGUGGUUGGGGAUGUGGAGGAUCAUCAGCACCAGGUCCAUAAUGUGGAGAUUGUGGUCUUGGAGGACUAGUGGGGAAGGCAAGCAUCAGUCUGGGGAAGAGUUGGGAAAUUAUUUUAUUUUGGGCUGUUUUGUUAAGCAUCUUUUCCAGCCAUCCUGGUUGUGCCAUGGAUAUUUUCAUUGGAGUGUGCAGAACGGGGAGAGAAUCUGGGGUUUUUAGACAAACAAAGCUGGAGAAACACAGGAGACCUGGAGAAGGCUCCAACUCCGUGGAGCACUGAACAAUACCACCUGUUGGCAGGGCAAUGGAGGGACUGGAUCUCUGCUAACAGCCCAACGGGGAAGAACUGGACGAGGGCUCCCGGCACCCAGAGUCCUCGUGGUGCUUCUGCUCCCACCUGCCCUGGCCUCCAUUGCUUGUUUCAGAGGGACAAUCAGCAGUGGCUGGAGUGCUGGUGUCACUGUGGGAGGGGUUGAUGGCUGUGGGGUGGAACAGGUACCUCAUGUCUGGUUUGGUUUUCCCCCAGGGAGGGGGUUCUGUCGGACUCUUCACUGUCACCUCAACCAGGAUAUUUUAACAGUGAUUGUUCUAGUCUGGGGGAAGGUGGCAGUAACCCUGCCUUUGCUGUCCUCAUUCUCCUCCUCCACACAGAUUUGGUUUAUAUCUCUAUUUUUUUGUGCUUGUUUGCUCUAACUCUUUUCAUGUCCCGAUUUCCCAGCUGCAAAGCCCUGGAACUGCUCUGCCCGGUCUCAGGGUCACUAUCCCAAUCCCACCUCUGCCAGUGGCACUUUUCCCUCAUCCCUUUCCUGGCACGGCCGGGCUCGGUGCUGCACAUGCAGCUUGGAGCCUCCGAGAUCACUUUUGAUCCUUUUGUAUAGAAGCAAAACACCUCUGGAGCUGCAGCUCCAGCAGCUGUCCCGGAGCUGGGUGCCAUGGGGCUGCACAGAGCAUGUUGUGCUGCUGCUGUCCGGGAGAGCUGGGCUCCUGAUCGGGGCAGCUCCUGUUUACACGGUGUGCUGGGACUGCUCCCUGCUUGUUGCUACUUGUUUGGUGGUUUAAGUUUUGUAUUUUUGGUUUAUUGCUUCUUUCUUCCUGUAAUCUCUUGUCAGGAUUGAAACUGGCACGUUGCUGAAAUGUCAGCCCCGUUGUUUGCUGCCUUUCCCUCUGUUUGGUUUGGUUUGUUUUUUUUGCCCCGUGGCUGGUGGUCCCUUUGCGUUUGGCCACGGUGGGAAAAUGGAAGGGGGGAAGCAGCAGCGCCGGAGGUUCGGGGGGGCUGGGAGUGGCUUGGCUGGAAAUAAUAAGCAAAACAACAGCAAAGGAAACACACUUGGGGAGGGUGGAGGGGGAGAGGGACAGAAGAUGUGUUUGGCUAUUUUUUUGCAUUAAAAUUUAAAAUCCAUCUA